UUAACGAGUUAAUUGCGGAGUAUAUGUCAAAAUUAAGUGGAGCUUCCUGCUAAAUUGCUUACUCCCGCUCGAGCUCGUGGCUUCCUAUCUAUGUCGACAUCUGAGAAUCCAUUGCAGCUUCUCUUCCAAACAUUUGAGAAGAUAUCAAAUAGCAUCCAAACCCAUCUCUCUCAAUUCCUAAAGUUUCCGAACAACCCACACGCCGAGCCGCUCUUUGCUAUCUCUGCAGCUUCAAAACCAAACCACUUGGCUCCAAGACCUGCCGUCUCUGCUCUUCUCCAGCCCACUGACCUUCCAAAGAAGGAAAAGUCUACUGGCCCAGUGACUAAAGAACAGCUUGGAAGGGCCACUUGGAUUUUUCUUCACAGUCUUGCAGCUCAGUACCCAGAGAAGCCAACAAGGCAACAAAAGAAGGAUGUAAAAGAAUUGAUGGGAAUCUUAUCUCGCAUGUACCCUUGCAAGGACUGUGCUGAUCAUUUUAAAGAAGUUCUACGAGCAAAUCCUGUACAAGCUGGAUCUCAAGCUGAGUUUUCCCAAUGGUUGUGUCAUGUGCACAAUGUUGUUAAUAGAAGUUUGGGUAAACCCAUUUUCCCUUGUGAACGGGUUGAUGCACGGUGGGGUAAGCUCGAUUGUGAGCAGCAUAACUGUGACUUGCAAGGAAGUGACAAACUUUGGUAACGAGACAUCUUCAAGUUUCCCUUAGGAAUUGGUGGUGGCUGAAUCUGUUGUGUAUUGAUGUUUUCAAAAGCCUAAGUAGUAGUUGCUGGGCUUGGCGGGUAUAUAUUUAUUUAUAGGCUAUAUAUAUAUAUAUAUAUAUAUAUACCCUCCAACCCAGCACCACCACCACCAAACACCAUAGACAGAACAACUGAUGGAUAUCCAGCGGAUAAAUUACAUUGUUACUAAUGUGGCUACGACAACUGACAGAUAUCAGCAUUCAGGACAACAAUGGUAUUGUGCUUUUAUAAUCAUCUUAUCAGCAUUUGAGAUCAGGUUCAUUGAGGCUAGAGCUUGGUUUGUGUUAGUUGUUUUCUUUAUAGUACCAGAGUUACUGUGACUCAUUGAAAGAUUUGUUGCUUGAUUUUCUACACAUUAAGAUUUUUGUAUGAAAUUGUUGAAACUGAAGAAUAUACAUAACUACUGCAAGUUGGUAGCUUUCUAGUA